CUUGCGCUUCUUGUAUUCCUCUUCCCUUUUAGCCCCUGCGCGGCUCGACCGGCGCAAUGCCCCGUUAUUGCGCCGCGUUUAGCUGUAAGAACCGCCGAGGACGAAACAAUAAAGACCGGAAACUGAGUUUCUACCCGUUUCCUCUCCAUGACAAAGAGAGACUUGAAAAAUGGUUACGGAAUAUGAAACGUGAUACAUGGGUUCCCAGUAAAUACCAGUUCCUGUGCAGUGACCAUUUUACUCCUGAUUCUCUUGAUAUCAGAUGGGGUAUUCGAUAUUUAAAACAAACUGCUGUACCAACUAUUUUUUCUUUACCUGAGGACAGUCAGGAAAAAGAACAAGCAAAAAACAAGCCUCAGGAAAAAAAAGCAGAAGAUGAGAGAGAAAUAUGCCUAAUGGUAAAAUCAGAAGAAUUGUCUGAACAAAUAGAACCAAAGGAAAAUAUAGUAAGCACAGAAAAAUUUGAUGGAUGUACAAGUUUACUUUAUUCAUCUUCUUUGAGUGAACCACUGCAAAAGGAUAAGCCACCAGUUUCCAGUAUGGAAAAUCCACAUAAUGACGCAUUAACUAUUAAUUCUCCAACUUCACAACAUAUUGAAAAACCAAAACCUGUUUUAGAAACGGCAGUUGUCCAGGAUAUAGAAGUUAGUAGCUUUCAUACAUCUCUUGAGAACCUCUUAAAUACUACAACUGCUACUUUGAACGUCUCAAAUCCAGAGCAUGUGCAUCUCUCUAUGGAACCCAGUAAUGUAGUUGAAACAGAUGUAGACCAUCUCUCUAAUACAGAUAUCACAGAUAUUUCUGUGUCAACACAGGAAAAUACUGUCUUACUGAGUACAAUUACUCAGACAAUUGAAGAGCUGAACACAGAUGAAGAAUCAGUUAUUACCAUUCUAGUGCCUACUGAAAGUUCUAAGCCAUCAACCAGUUCAUUCAUGCCAACAGAACAAGAGAGCAUAGAUGUGGAAGAUGCAGAUAUUGAAGAUUCCUUAUACGAUGACACAGACUAUGGAAUUGAAGUACUACAAACUGAGCAUUCUUAUUGCAGACAAGAUGUUAACAGGGAACUUCUUUGGCAAAAAGUUACCAAACUACAUUCAAAGAUAACCCUUCUUGAACUACAGGAACAACAAACUCUAGGAAGACUCAAAUCUCUAGAAACUCUUAUAGGACAGCUAAAACAAGAAAACUUGCUAUCUGAAGAAAAACUAAAAAUUGUAGAAAACUGUUUCACAACAUUUGAAGUUACUAUGAUAGAAUAAAAACUUUUUGGAAGCCAUAAUUUUAUAUAAGAUCAUUACAAACUCUUUGAUUAUCCCUGAGUUAUUUACAAGGUGACCUUUUUUCCAGCAUGAAUCUCUUUCUUAAUGACAUUUGUGAAAAUACAGUGGCAUAAAAUGCCUCUUUUCAUAAAAUCCAGAAUUAGGAAAUUGCCCCCUCAAAGUGAUAAGAAGGAGCAUGAAUGAAACUGCAAAAAAAAAUUUAAGUAUUUUUAUUUUAGCCUAAGGAAGCAUUUGUGAAACAAAUUCUGUCAUUUGAUUCUAAUACUCCAUAAUGAUGUUAACAUUGUGGAGGGGCAACAUCUUAUGGUAAUUAUGUAAUGAUGAAUUUAUUGUAAAAUAUGGCUGAAUUCUAAAGAUUGAGCUCCUAUUUUGUUAAGUGAGAAGAAUACUAAAAUGGGAGUCAGUAAACCUGUGAUGUAGUCUCACAGCUUGCUAUUGGCUAGCUGUGUAAACUUGGGAAAAUCACACCUGUAUUUCAAGUGUCUCAUCUGUAAAAUAAGGGAAUUAGAUCAAGGGAUCUUGUCAGCUUUAAAAUUCUGUUUCUGUGAGACCCUUCUCUAUUUAAGAACAUUUUAAACAGAGCUAUACUUUCAAAGAUAUUUUACAAUAUGUCUUGAUCAUAAUUAAUUGCUUAUGUUGUCUGGAUAGCCUCAGUAUUCACUUUUAUAAGGAUUCCUGUGUGGUUUGACUUUCAACUGCAAUGCAUUUCUAUAAUAAAGUAUGCCCCAGGAUUGUUUUGUUUUCAUUUGAACAGCAUUGUAAACUGGGCACCAUCUUAUAUAGUGCUCAUUUGUGUUCUUAGAAUAAGAUUCUCUUAAACCUUAAGGAUUACUUCUUAAAAUAUAAAUAUACCUUGUUUGAUUGGCCAUUGUCAUAGUGUUCUAGGAGCUUCAUAAAAGAAUAUCAACUAUAUCCCAAUAUUUCAUAAAUUCAAGGGAUAAGUUAAUAAAUGAAAAAAAUUUUAAACGCAAUUUUCAUAAUACUCAUUCCACAAUAUUCAUUCCUUAGUGAGUAUUAUUAGCUUUUUUUAAAAUUGCUUGUGUGUUGGGCAUUCCAGAAUUUUUGUUUCUUGGGACAUCAGUAUGAUGAACAUCAUUCUCAUUCAUCUACAUUUUAAUUUAUGUUUAGCUUAUAAUCAAGAAAUUUUAGGGAAAUGGAUAACAAAUACAUUGGGAAACAAACUUGAAAGAAAGUCAUGUAAAUAAAAAUUGCUUUUAGAUAGCAGCAUGAGAAAAUUAGGAGAAAACUAAAGUAGGAACAUAAUGAUUUAAAGGAAAUAAAAGCUUGGAAAAUAGCUAAUGUAUUCUCUGAAACUAACAGUCAACUUGAUUAAUUGAUGUUAAUGAAGGCAUAGCCCUAACAGUAAAAAGUAUAAUAUAUAUCUUAGUUGGAAGGCAAAUAAUUACUUUUGUCCCUCCUAGCCCCAUAAAUUCUAUGAUUAUUUUCCAACAGAUAAUUUCUUAGUUAUAUUUUUCUUAGGUUGAUGUUAAAUUUUACGUUGUCUUAAAUAUUUACCAAUUGACAACAGAUGAAGGUGCCCUGAAAUUGUGUAGAGUAAUAGAGAGAAAGCUAACCUGAAAUUUUAAAGUAUGAUGUAGACUGAGAAUGUCAGUAACUAAAUAAGAAUUUUUUAAGGUGUAUUAAUAUAAAAAAGGUGCACUAAUAUAGUUCCCUUUCAUUUAAAACUUAGUAGAAUGUGAAACAUCUUACUGUGUUGGGUGAAAAUGAGAACAUGAUUUUUCCCCCAUUCUCACAAUCAAGUAAUGUUACAAGGUUAGCAAUUCUCAGUUUUCGGCAAGGCAGGUUAUAAGUAAUUGUUUAUGCAAAGGCAUUGUUUGUAUUUUUGUUUUGUUUUGUUUUUCAGAAAUAAGGUUGGUUAGGUAGAAAUACCACCUGAAAAGAACCUAGGAGUAUUAGGUAUUGUCCUUGGCUUCUGUUUUCCCUUUUGUGUGUUUAUCUUAGUAAUACAAAAAAUCCCCAUCUUGCAAACAGUCUUUGUUCCAAAAGUUGAUUUAUAAGUUGAUUGCUUGAAGAUUUUUAGAAGCUAUUUAAAAAGUGUUACAAGGAAUGGUUGGGUUCCCAGGCUAGCUGAUAAGACCUUACUUAAACAGAAAUAAUAGGACUGCACAUUUGCACUAAAGAAAAAAAUAUAAAUUCUAGUCAUUAAGACAAAAAGACAAUGAUAAACUAAUUUGUAUUUAUCUUGAGUGCUCAUGAUUGAACAACAAACAAACUUAAGUAGGCAAAGAGGGAAAUAGAGUCUAUAGAAUGUAUUUCAAGGGUUAUAUGGGUUGGUGGCAAUGAUUAUAAUGAUUAAUUUUUCUCUUAUGCUCAUCUGCUCCAAUUGGGGUCAUUCUUGGCUUACAAAGGAAGAUAAAGAGAUUUUUUCCAGACGUAAAUAGAAAAGAGCUAAGAUACAAGAGUGAAAAAGGAUGUAUAGGUGGAAGGAAAUUUGCCCACAGUCAAACUGUUCAUGGCAAAAGCCAGACAGGAAGAAGUAUGACAUCUUUAUAGCAUGUCUUCCUGAGUUGGGGGAAGGGAAGUUAGACAGUCCCCCAUAAUUACUACCAUGUACCACUGUUGGCCUCUGACAGUCAUGUUGGCUGUGAUGGCUGGAAAAGAAAAAAGACAGCAUACAACCUGCCAUAUGUAUGUUAGAUUUACAGGUCAAAGGUUUGUAACCCAUGUAAACCAUAGAAUAUGUUUCUUAUUGAAUUUAAAAUAAGGAUUUUUAUAAAGGCUUGUUUUUCAGUUGAAAUGUUAAAUCUUAAGAAAUUCAAAUGUAAAAGCUCUAAUACAUUUUCAAUAGAAAAAUAAAUUUUGUAAAGCAAUUCUGAAAAUGUUAAUGCAUCUUGGAUUCCUAAAAUUAUAUUAGGCAGAAAUUUAUAUAGUAAAAAAAACCCAAAACAUUCCUUAUCUUCUCCAAAAAAUGUUUUUUGGGUUUUUUUGUGAUUGUGAUCCCCUGUAUAAGUUAUCAGUUCUAAUACACAACAAAGUAUGCUUAAGACACAAUUAAGAAUGUUAUUAUGUUAUCUCAAAGUUUUGGAAUUUUCAACAUAAAAUGCACCUGUUAUUGAAAUGUUAGGAUUCCUUUUCCUCCUUCAUCCUUUCCACACAUCCUAAGGAUCAAGAGAACAAAAUUCUAAUUAUUUGCCCAUGAGUUUUUACUUAACAGUGUCUUCCCUAAGGCACCGAUUACCUUCCUGGCAUAGUAAAUUAAGCUAGACAAACUAAAAGGCUACUCUUUACCUCAUAUUUCUGAGUCAUUUUCCUAGAACAGUCUGAGCCAAACCAGCUCACUACUUUUACACUCUGAUUAUUCUAGUUUUCAGAACCAAUGGCACAACAUGUAUCAUUCUUUCCUUUUUUGUCUGAAUAGAUUUAUUGGUUUUCUCUCAUUCCUUCCAGAUGUCCCAAUUUCAAUCUUGUGAUGUCUCCACCUAAAGGAAAAUGGUGAUGGCUACCACUUACACCUCCCCUAGGUUGAAGUGUUGCUAUACCUAUUUCAGGAGUGUUUGUGUAUUACAGAUUUACCUUUUUGAAAAAGACAUAUAGUCUAUUUUGCAUUUCUGUGAGCAUUUUUACUACCUCUUCUCAAUUGGCCUUCCAGGCAUUCACCUUUCAACAAAGGUAUGAAGCUGUCACAUGCCCAAAGGAUAUCCUCUGUUGUGUGAUAUCCUCUGUUGUCCCAUAUUUGUUCUCAGGAUUUUCUUUUUUUUCUAUUUGAUUUGAUAUUUUAUUUUUCCCCAGUUAAUGUAAAAACAAUUAACAACAUUGGUCCUUUAAAAUUUUUGAGUUCCAAAUUCUCUCACCCUCCCUCCCCCCCAGCCAUUGAGAAAGCAGGUAAUCUAAUGUAGGCUGUGCAUAUGCAGUCAUGCAAAACAUUUCCAUAUUAGUCAUGUUGUAAAAGAAAGCACAUGCAAAAAAAAAAUAAAGAAAAAAUAUGUUUUAAUCUACA